AUGACCUAUAUUUACUUCAUGAAGAAUAAAAGUGAAGCCUUGCAAUGUUUCAAAGUUGACGAAGCUAAGGUUGAAAACUUGCAGAACAGAAAGAUCAAGCAUCUUCGCACAGAUAAUGGGAAAGAAUUCUGUAAUCGUGAAUUUGCUAAGUUUUUAGAGAACGAAGGCAUUAUACAUCAGCGAACCAAUCCCUAUACCCCCCAGGCAGAAUGUCGAGAUGUUGUCAUCAUUGAGAAGGUGCCUGAGCCACAGAACAUUGUUGUUGUUGAGGAGAUAAACAACAUGCGGUCAUCUAACUUGAAGGAAGAGAGAACAGAUUCAGUGGGGGAAGUAACGUUGUCGGAAGAUUCAUAUUUGUCGAUGGACAGUGAUCCGAAUGCCAGUACUUACGUGCCUGUGCCUAGUGAUUCGGUUGACACUACUUACGUAUCCAGUGAUGCUGAAGACUCUGGUGACGUCGUGCGUACUGAUGCCAAUGCGGAGAGACCUAAGAGGAUACUUGGAAUACUCCGGGAACAAGCAGCCAACGCUCAAUCGCUCCACCUCCACCUCCCGCGCAUGCACUACCACCUUCAAUAG